AUGUCUUCAGAUAUCAACAACCUUGUCGACAUGGGCUUCGACCGUGAAAAGGCCACCCUCGCCAUGAAGAAAGCAGGCAACUUAGGAGCUGCCGUCGAUUGGCUUAGCAACAACGCCGACAAAUCCAUCGAAGAACUCAAAGAGGACGGAGGCGAGGAAGAGUCACCCCUGUCAUUGCAGCCGGGCGAACAAGCCAGAAGUCUGCUUUGUAAAGACUGUGGCAAGAAGUUCAGAUCAACCGCUCAAGCAGAGUUCCAUGCCAACAAGACUGAGCACCAGAACUUUGAAGAGUCCACCGAAGAGAUCGCACCUUUGACCGAAGAGGAGAAGGCCGCAAGGCUCGCAGAAUUGCGUGAAAAGCUCGCUGCUAAACGUGCUGGUCAAUCGGAACAAGACAAGAAAGACAAGGAGCGCAACGAUCAGAUUCGCCGCAAGGCAACAAAGGAGCAACAAGACAUCAAGGAGGAUCUGGCCAAGAAGGAACAAAUCAAAGAAGCGGAGGCUAAGAGGCGUGAGAAGGCGGCUGAUGUCGAAGCCAAAAAGCGUAUUCAGGCAAAGAUCGCUGCUGACAAGGAAGAACGACGCCUGAAGGCUGAGAGAGAGAAGGCUGCUCGUGCUGGUCAGCCCGCUGUUGUUGCCGACCCUACACCUGCCGCAAAGCCCACCGUGCCAAAGACUGCUGGAAACUACACAGAGGCAAGACUACGACUCCAAACAUCCGCUGGCACCGUCCAGAAGACAUUCCCGGUCGACACAACACUCUUCGAGGUUGCGCAAGCGCUUAGCCAGGAUCCUGGUGUUCAGGUCAGCGAAUUUGUCCAAAACUUUCCCAAGAAGGUCUACGACAGCUCAGACUUUGGCCAAACACUGAAGGAGGCUGGCCUGGUACCAAGUGCUGCCCUGGUUGUCAGAUGA